AUGGCUCUAUGGGGCGUCGUCAGCCUCAGCCUCCACUGCUGGGUGUGUUUAUGGUCUGCAGUAACAGCAGCAGCAGCAGCAGCAGCAACAGCCAGCCUCCCCAAUGACAAGCCUGGGGGCCCCCUGGACUGGCUCCUGUCUGAUAAGGGGCCCUUCCACCACUCCCCAGAGUACACUGACUUUGUGGAGAAGAACCGGCAAGGCUUCUCCACCAGAUACAAGAUAUACAGGGAGUUUGGGAGAUGGAAGGUGAACAACUUGGCUGUGGAAAGGAGAGAUUUCUUGGAGUCUCCGUUACCUCUGACACCUGAGUUCAUCAGGAACAUCCGACUCCUGGGCCGCAGGCCCACCACCCAGAUGAUCACUGACAACCUGAUCAGGAAGUAUGGGACUCACUUCCUGUUGUCAGCUACACUGGGAGGAGAAGAGGCCUUAACGAUAUUUGUGGACAAGAGGAAACUGAGCAAGAAAGCAGAGGUGAGCGAUUACUCGGGCAACUCCUCCACCGUGACUCUGGAAGCUCUGCACCAGCUGGCCGCCUCCUACUUCAUCGACAGGGAGAGCACCCUGCACAAGCUGCACCACAUCCAGAUCGCCUCCACUGCCAUCAAGGUGACGGAGACCCGCACAGGUCCUCUCGGAUGCAGUAACUAUGACAACCUUGACUCCGUUAGCUCUGUGCUGGUCCAGAGCCCUGAAAAUAAAGUCCAGCUACAAGGCUUGCAGGUGAUCCUCCCAGACUACUUGAGAGAAAGUUUUGUGCAGGCUGCUCUCAGCUACAUAGCCUGCAAUGGAGAGGGCGAAUUUGUCUGCAAGGACAACGACUGCUGGUGCAACUGUGACCCCAAGUUCCCAGAAUGCAACUGCCCCUAUAUGGACAUCCAAGCCAUGGAGGAGAGCCUGGAGAGGAUCACGGAGACGUGGGGGAUGCUCUAUAAAGAAUUUGAGGAAUCAGAUGAAUUCAAGGCGUUCUAUGCGAGGCUGCCCCAGAACUACUUCCUCAACGUGUCAACCAUCCAACACUUGUGGACCCUGGAUAGCUUGUUCCAGUGGCGAUAUGAGCAGCUGGAGAACAGCAUGCGGGUCCUCUCCAAACGAGCCCAGAGGGUCAUCUUCAAGCUCUUCAGUCUGAGUAAAAGAUGUCACCGACAGCCCCAAGUCCGCCUACCAAGAGAACGGCCUCAGUCGUACUGGCUGAGUCAUUUCCAGUCUCUCCUGUAUUGCUCAGAGAACAACCAGCUUGGCGCGUUCUCUGAGGAGCUUCACAGCUGCAGCUGCCGAUACGAACACAGCCCCUGUCAGCUGCCUCCACCCUGCGCUGUUGGGGAAGGCUCGGCCUGCGCGGCGUGUGCACCCGACAACCACACCCGCUGUGGGAGCUGCAACCUGGGCUUCGCUCUGACGCAGGGGGCCUGCAGGCCCAUGGUGGCUGACUCUACGGAGAACUACCUGGGAUUCGAGACGGACCUCCAGGAUUUGGAGCUGGGCUACCUGCUACAGAGAGCUGACCGUAGGCUAGAGGUCCACGCCAUCUUCAUCAGCAAUGACAUGCGACUCAACAGCUGGUUUGACCCAUCGUGGAGAAAGAGGAUGCUGCUGACGCUGAAGAGUAACAAGUACAAGUCCAACAUGGUGCACAUGCUGCUGGGAAUAUCCCUCCAGAUCUGCCUUACAAAGAACAGCACUCUGGAACCUGUCCUUACUCUCUACAUCAACCCCUUUGGAGGGAGCCAUUCAGAGAGCUGGUACAUCCCUGUCAAUGAGAACAGUUUUCCAGACUGGCAGGCCACCAAGCUGGACCUACCCUUCGAAUGCUAUAACUGGACUCUGACAUUGGGCAACAAAUGGAAGACGUUCUUUGAAACCAUUCAUAUCUACCUUCGGAGCAGGAUAAAGACUCAAGAUGGAUUGAAUGACAGUGUUUAUUACGAGCCUUUAGAAGUGACAGAUCCCGCCCGGAACCUGGGCUACAUGAAGAUCAACAGCAUCCAGGUCUUUGGCUACAGUAUGCACUUCGACCCGGAGGCGAUCCGCGACUUGAUUCUGCAGCUGGACUACCCAUACACCCAAGGCUCCCAGGACACAGCCAUGCUUCAACUCCUGGAGAUACGAGACAGAGUGAACCGGCUGUCCCCUCCGGGUCAACAGAGGUUGGACCUGUUUGCCUGCCUCCUCCGACACCGACUCAAACUGACUGCCAGCGAGGUGGUUCGCAUUCAUGCCUCCUUACAGGCCUUCAGCUCCCGUCUGCCCAAUUCGAUGGAUUACGAGACCACCAAGCUGUGCAGUUAACAGCCGCUUGAUGGGAGAUCUGGCCUCUAGAUGGGCGCAAGGAGAACUCUUGGACAAGAGAAUUGUGUCCAUGGUGGCUUAAAGUUGUCCUCUGUCUCUAUGGAUUACCAAGGAGAGGACCAGCUCUGGACAGCUGAAGAAUGUACUCAUCUGGUUGUUUUGGUUUCUGUUAUGUGGCCGACAAACUUCAGUGCUAAAUUAUAAAAAAAAAUUUAAAAAAAUUUAAAAAUGAGGUGGAUCAGCAAGAACAUGCACAACAGUUUUCUCAAGAACAAACUCUUUAACAAAAGAAUUCUGCAGUAGAAAUUCAGAUACCACUACAUAAAGUUGAACCAUCCUGUUUCAAUAUGAUUCUGCUCAUUUAUACUGUAAGUACCAAUGCCAGUAUCAAUGGACAUUUUACAGUAAAACUGGUACAGUCUGUUUGUUUGUAAUUUUUAUAUGUUCCUUUGCUUCAGUGACAGUGCACUUUCCAUGAAGACCAGAAUA